AUGUCAGAUUCUGUCAAGCAACAACCAGAAAUUUCCUUGGCCUCAGAGGGUCUGUAUUCGCAGGCGUGCAACUUUGCUAGCUUUCUGCAGAAAGGUGUCGACCCACGCACUGGACAAUAUACUUGCUCUGUCCAGCUCUAUGAGGCACCGGCACAGAUACGCAACUGCCCGGUGUUCAAAUUGGGACUGGUCUUUAGCCCUCUUUCCCCCGGUCGAUCGGAAUUUGGCAAGGGCUGGUCAUUGAACCUACCUCACUGUGACCCUCGUGCCAAAACCGUCUUGACCUCCACGGGCGAUUCAUUUCGUAUCAGUGACAGCGGGAACACUCUCAAGGACCUGAAGCUCCAAAGUUUCCAAUUUGAACGUGAUGGGAAUGAGUUUCGUUUUCGGUACAAGACUGGUCAAGUUGAGAUCCUCUCAAAUAAGACCGGUGACCGAAUCUUCGAGCGCGCCGAGCUACAGAAGUUGUAUUCUCCAACUGGGCGCACCCUUGAAUUUCAGUGGGAAAGUACCAACGCAGAUCGUCGCCUGUCGCAGAUCACGGAAGGUGAUCAAGUCUUAGUUGCUUUCAACUAUGAUAGUAAGAUUGAAACGGUCAUCACGACAGCCCCAGACACCCUCGAUGCCCGUACCUAUACACUUGACGUGCUUGGUGGAUAUCUUGGACAGCUUAGACUCCCUGGUCCAGACGAGUUGUGCUGGAACUUUCAGUAUAACUAUCACGGCCAACUCUGGUGCAUAGAUAGAGUUGUGAGCCCUUCGGGCCUCCUAGAGAUCGUUGAAUACCGCGAGGGAGACCAAGCCCACAAACUGCCCCCUGGCCAGGAUCGUCCAUACGCAAACAUUCCAAACGUCGCCAAACACAGGCUCUUGCCAUACCAGAACCAACCCGAGAUGGUGAUGCGCUAUGAGUACUCUGACUACAAUUUCCUCGGAUAUGGGUCCGGUCAGGAUUGGACCCAGCAAGGGGAUAAUUUGUACCUCUUGACCAGCUCCUACGAUUACAAGACAACGUUGACCUUCGGCGAGAAAAAAGAGAUGCAGACGGAGUACACUUACAACAAAUAUCACCUUGAGACUCGUUCUGUGAAAAAGCAGGGCAAGAAGUCAGUCACGCAGGAAAUUACAUAUCACGCCAAGCCAAGUGGGUAUUUCGCCGAACAAGAACCAUAUUAUCUCUUGCCGAAGGAAGUCCAGACAACCUACAAUGAUGAUGACACGGGUGAAAGUCCACCAGAGAUCACAUCAUACGAGUAUGACAAUGCAGGAAAUCCUAUCAAAGAGAUUCAGCCGGAUGGUCAGAUCAUUGAGCGCACUUAUUAUAGUCUGGGGCCCGAGAAGGACUGCCCGGCCGACCCAUGGGGCUUUAUCCGAUACCUGAAAGAGGAAGUCGUGACACCAGCACCAAGUGAGCACAAGACACCGAUACGCCGCCGAAACUAUACCUAUCUUUCUCUGCCAACCGUGGAAAAUUCUCUAAGUAACCAUUUUGUCUCAGUUCAGGAGGAGUGUAGUUUCGAGGAAGGGGCCAAGGAGUUGACCCGGACAAUAUAUGACUACGUGUCUGACCCGGCUUCGCCGAAUCUCGGCCGUCUAUCCCAACAAGUGGACAAGAUAUUUGGUACAAACGCCAUCACCCAUAGCUGGGAUUACAAAUGGGAAUCAUCCGCCAAUCAAUUCACUAAGGGGGUCAAGAGCACCACCUUUGAUAACCGAACCAUUGGAUACGAGUCGACCUUCUCUUUGUCUACCGGAUUAGAGAAGACACAUACAAAUCGCAGUGGAGUUGUGAAUAGCUUAUCAUACGACUCGCUGGGCCGUCUGACAGCAGCGACAGCUGCUGUGGGAACAAAAUAUGAGACGACUCGUUCGCAAGCCUAUUCCCGGUUGCCGGAUGAAGUUGGCUAUUGUUUGGCGCUCACUGAUGCAUGUGGCGUUCAGACACGGUACUAUACGGAUGGAAUGGAGCGUGUGAUUCGGUCAGAGAAGCAAGAAAGCUCGACAUCCCAGACUUUCCGAGUUGUGCAGGAACGGAGCUACAACGAGUAUGGUCAAUGUGUCGAGGCGGUGGAAGUGGACUGGUUUUAUGGUACUGGAUCGCCUACCGAGCAACGAUCAGUGAUCCAGCUAGAGUACGACGGGUGGGGACAAAUGUGCCGUCAGAGCAUCAGUGAUGGUAAGGGAGGCAGCGAUAAGGCCAUCUCUACUGUUAUGGAUCCAAUUACCCUGACUAAAACAGAAGGAAUUGUGGGUGAGGGUCAGAUCAGAACCGUGCUGAACAAGAUGGGCUUGAUUAUCCAAAAGUCUCUACUCACAAAGGAAGGGAAAGAAGAGAGCUCGGCCAAAUACGAGUAUGACGGGUUUGGCCGCCAGGUUUCAGAAACCGAUCAUUUUGGCCGAACAACGCAUUACGAGAUGGAUUCCUUUGACAGAAUCAUUACAACCACUUGGCCAGAUAACCGGGUCGUCCACACGAAGUACUCAGAUCAUAGUGUCUCCAUUCUUCCCACGUCUAUCAAGCUAGGCAGCCACGAGCUUGGCAAGCAGUCAUUUGAUGGCCUGGACCGCAUGACCUCGUCGACUGUGGGCUCUCGUGUCCUUACCAACAAUUUCAAUGAAAACAUCCACACUGAGCCGAAUCAGAUCACUUUACCCAGCGGAAAUGCAUUCACUUUGAAAUAUGUGCCGGAGCUGAACUAUGCCGCUACGACAGUGAAUGACAUAGAUCAGAUUGAAUUUGACAAACGGACGGGGGCACCUGUUCGCCUGGAGAAUGGCCACUCGACGCAGGAAUUGGAGUACUACGACACAGGUCUGGUCUCUCAUGAAAAUUGGACGCUUAAAGAUGACGAUACGUCCUGGUCCGCCGACUACAUCUACUCAUUUUCAGGGAAACUACAAUCCUACAAAGAUGUGCAUCAACAGAAACAUGACACAAAUUACAACACUUUUGGUCAGCCACAACAACUCACACAGGGCCCAAUGCAGGUGGAAUACACUUACGAUGAGGCGCAAAGAUUGUCGGAGAUCAAUACACAAAGCGCGUCAGACAAGUCGGCACUUACAAGUCAAUUGAUCUAUGACGAUUUUGGCCGUGUGCAGAAGCGUACAGUGCUUCACAAAAGCUCAACUCUGCGGAGCAUCGUCCAUACCUACGGACCUACUGGCUUGUUAAAGAAGCGCUCGCUGGAGAAUGAAUCGCGAAGUGUGAUGCGGGAAGAAACAUUUGAAUACGAUAUGCACAAUCGCCUGGUAGAGUAUACCUGUGCCGGAAGCGAGCCUCCCGUCGAUGAAUACGGCAAUCCUCUCAAAUCGCAGGUCUUCGAAUUCGACAGCUUCGACAACCUGAAGAAGGUCACCACUGUUUUCCAAGAUAAUUUUGACAACAUCGCGAGCUACGCUUUUGCUUCCGAUGAUCCGACUCAGUUGAUCCAAAUUACAAACACUCACUCGGAUUAUCCCGCCAGAACUGAUCUGAAAUACGAUGACAACGGAUCUCUAACGCAAGAUGAGAAGGGCCAGACACUCGGUUACGAUGACUUGAAUAGAUUAAGUGUGGUACGGGACUCGAGUGGUGCACUCCUAUGCGAAUAUCGCUAUGAUGCCCUUGGAAGGCUGGUCUGCCAAAAGGUUCCAGACCAGGCCGACAUCCAUCUUUUCUACCGUGGGAGUACCCUCGUGGCUAUACAAACAGGCGAGCGCAAGAUUAGUCUCGUCGCCAGUGAUCCAGGGUUCUACUGGGGGCAAAUAGUGCAAAAUGAGGGCACCAGUACGACGCAGACUUGGGUUUCAGACGACCACCGCUCGGUUCUGACCUGGAUGGAGGCGAGCGAGGUGUAUCACACACAAUACACCCCAUAUGGCUUCAGUCCUCGAAGCGACUCUCCCUCGCUUGGAUUCAAUGGGCAAUGGCGAGACCCAAUCACCGGCUGGUAUCAUCUCGGCAACGGUUAUCGCGUCUACAAUCCAAUACUGAUGCGUUUUCACACUCCGGAUCCCACAAGCCCUUUCGCCUCAGGGGAAGUUAACGCCUAUGCGUACUGCCUCGGGGACCCGAUCAAUCGUGUCGAUCCCAGUGGCCACUUCAGCCUGUUUGGUAUCGAAAUCAGCUGGAAGGACGUUGUAUUGACCGUGGCGGCUAUCGCAGCGACGGCCGUGGCGGCGGUUUUGACUGGUGGAGCUACCCUCGCGAUCCAAGUGGGCGUCUCUGUAGCUUUCGGCGUUGUCACCGAAUUUGCGACCUCGGUCACAUAUGAUCAAAUCGCCGGCAAUGAGACUGACUGGGCCAGUUUGGGGAUCGACCUCGCGGUCACUGCCGUGACGGGUGUUUUACCAGGGCUGGGCGACGUGGCUUUCCGUGGGUCCAAGGCGGCCGUCAAAGGGGCCGCCCAAGCGUCAGUCAAAGCAGCCGCGAAGGGCGCGGUCAAGAAAUCGCUCCCCAAAAAGAUCAUGGGCGCAGCCAAGAACAAAAUCAAACAAAAAGCCAAGGAGCUCCCAAAAGAUAUCUUGAAUGCUACUGGGAACUGGGGCAUAGAUCAAGCUUAUGUGUCACCAAUCAAGGAUGCGCUGGGGGUGGGAAGCGCAGAUGAGGUUGGUCCCAGCCAGUCGUUGAAUCAAGACUUCGAAGCCAGCGACAGUGCUAGCCUGGUCAAGCAGUCUAGCUUUGUGUCUCGUGACAGUAUUCGACCCGCACUCAAGGAGACUCAAUCCAGUCUCGGUGGCUUUGCAGUAUAUCCAAGUUCCGGCGCUUAUCUCAAUACAGGCCAGUCGGUGGCUCAGCUUCUCAACCGUGAGCUACGCGCAUUUUACGGGCAGGGUGACGGUCCGAUCCACGGGCUAGGUGCCCAGCAUUGCAUUCGAAACAUGGAGGACGCUAUCCGAGAAACAUUGCGUCGACCUCAUUAUCCGGCGGAUUGGGCUUCGGUACCUGGACUUGCGGAUUCUUGA